AUGAACGGAGAUAAUCGAAGGCGAGACCGUAGAGACACGAGGAUUUCAAAGAAGCAGAAGCUGAUUCUCAACGCUGAAGAACAACUCGAGUCCAAACGUGGCUAUGAUCUCUUCACCGAAGGUGAAAAACGUCUCGGUUGGCUUCUCACUUUCGCCUCCUCUUCUUGGGAAGAUCAAACUACACAUAAAGUCUACAGUUGCGUUGAUCUCUAUUUCGUUUGUCAGGAUGGAUCAACUUUCAAAGCAAAGUACAAGUUCCGGCCAUAUUUUUAUGCAACCACAAAGGAUAAAAUGGAGAUGGAUGUUGAUGCAUAUUUGAGACGGCGUUAUGAGGGACAAAUUGCUGACAUUGAAAUUGUGGAGAAAGAGGAUCUUGAUCUUAAAAACCAUCUGUCUGGUUUGCGCAAAUCUUAUUUAAAGAUAUCUUUCGAUACGGUGCAACAAUUGAUGCAUGUAAAGAGUGAUCUAAUGCACGUUGUUGAAAGAAACCAGGCAAAGUUUGAUGCUGCUGAAGCAUAUGAAUCCAUAUUGACAGGGAAAAGCAAACAACGACCUCAAGAUUUUAUAGAUUGUAUUGCUGAUCUCCGCGAGUAUGAUGUCCCUUACCACGUUCGCUUUGCAAUUGACAAUGAUGUAAGAUGUGGGCAGUGGUAUGAUGUUUGCAUAUCCAGUGCUGGGCUCAUGCUAGAAAGAAGGGCUGAUCUCCUGCAACGUGCUGAAGUUCAUGUUUGUGCAUUUGAUAUUGAGACCACAAAGCUUCCAUUGAAAUUUCCCGACGCUGAAUAUGAUUCAGUAAUGAUGAUUUCGUACAUGGUUGAUGGACAAGGUUAUCUGAUUAUUAAUAGAGAGUGUGUUGGGGAAGAUAUAGAAGAUUUGGAAUACACUCCAAAACCAGAAUUUGAAGGGUUCUUCAAGAUUACAAAUGUUAAAAAUGAGAAAGAGCUUCUUAGACAGUGGUUCGCCCAUAUGCAAGAUGUGAAGCCUGGUAUAUAUGUCACAUAUAAUGGUGACUUUUUUGAUUGGCCUUUUCUGGAAAGCAGAGCUGCCCAUAAUGGGUUUAGAAUGAGUGAUGAGUUAGGAUUUCUCUGUGACAAGAAUCAAGGGGAAUGUCGUGCUAAAUUUGCAUGCCAUCUGGAUUGUUUUGCUUGGGUCAAACGUGAUAGUUAUCUACCUCAAGGGAGCCAAGGCCUAAAGGCUGUCACAAAGGCUAAGUUGGGGUAUGAUCCACUGGAAGUGAAUCCUGAGGACAUGGUUCGCUUUGCAAAGGAAAGACCCCAGAGUGAAAUAGGACGAAAUAGUGAUAUGGCAGAAACACGGAUAAAUCUGGACAUUCCAGUGAUUGCUGUUUGCAAUUUUCAUGUGGCAGUGGCCAGUGUGCUUGUAGUUGUUGAAGUUGGGAGAGUUCAAUGUAGGAGCCGAGGCAGUCAGUCAGUCUUGGCCAUUCAAUGGACAUCAAGAAGUUUGUGUAAAGGUGCCCAGAUGAUGGCCUCCUAUUCUGUAUCUGAUGCUGUUGCAACUUACUACUUGUAUAUGACUUAUGUUCAUCCCUUCAUUUUUUCCCUUGCAACUAUAAUACCAAUGCCGCCAGAUGAGGUUUUGCGAAAAGGAAGUGGAACCCUUUGUGAAAUGCUUCUUAUGGUCCAGGCAUACAAGGGAAAUAUCAUUUGCCCUAAUAAACAUCAAUCUGAUCCGGAGAAAUUCUACAAGAAUCAAGUCCUUGAGAGUGAAACAUACAUCGGUGGCCAUGUAGAAUGCCUAGAAAGUGGUGUUUUCAGAUCUGACCUUUCAAGUAGUUUUAAACUUGAUCCAUCUGCCUUUGAUCAACUAAUCAACAACCUUGAUCGUGAUUUGCACUAUGCUAUUAGAGUAGAGGGUAAGAUGGACUUGGAAUUUGUCUCGAAUUAUGAUGAAGUGAAGAAUGCCAUCAUGGAAAAGCUUAUGAGGCUGCGAGAUGACCCCAUACGUGAAGAAUGCCCCUUGAUAUAUCAUCUAGAUGUGGCUGCAAUGUAUCCGAACAUCAUAUUGACAAACAGGCUUCAGCCACCAUCUAUAGUCUCGGACGAGGUCUGUACUGCAUGUGAUUUUAACCGUCCUGGCAAAACUUGUCUUCGGAAACUUGAAUGGGUUUGGCGCGGGGAGACAUACAUGGCUAAGAAAAGUGAUUACUAUCAUUUGAAGAGACAAAUUGAGUCUGAGUUUGUUGAGAGUGUAAAUGGGCAGUUAUCAAAAUCUUUUCUUGACCUGCCUAAGGUGGACCAACAAUUGAAACUCAAAGAUCGACUAAAGAAAUACUGCCAGAAGGCAUAUAAAAGGGUACUUGACAAGCCAGUUACUGAGCUUCGAGAAGCAGAGAUUUGCAUGCGGGAAAACCCUUUUUAUGUUGAUACUGUCCGCAGCUUUCGAGACAGAAGGUAUGAAUACAAAGGACUAAAUAAAGUUUGGAAAGGGAAGUUGUCAGAAGCAAAGACUAGUGGGAAUCCUAUAAAGAUACAAGAAGCACAAGAUAUGGUAGUUCUUUAUGAUUCGUUACAACUGGCUCAUAAGUGUAUUCUGAAUUCUUUUUAUGGAUAUGUCAUGCGCAAGGGUGCAAGAUGGUACUCAAUGGAAAUGGCAGGGGUUGUUACAUAUACUGGAGCUAAAAUUAUUCAGAAUGCUCGUUUACUGGUUGAAAGAAUUGGAAGACCACUUGAACUAGACACGGAUGGUAUCUGGUGUGCCUUACCUGGGUCAUUCCCCGAAAACUUCACCUUUAAAACACAUGGUUACCUGGUUUGGACGGUGUUACUGGAGACACUGAAUCUUAUGGGGAACAUAUAUUGCAGAGACUCAAAGAAGAAGCUGACAAUUUCAUAUCCUUGUGUUAUGCUUAAUGUUGAUGUGGCUAGUAACAAUACAAAUGAUCAGUACCAGACACUCGUAGAUCCUAUUAGUAAGAAGUAUGCCACACAUAGCGAAUGUUCAAUUGAAUUUGAAGUGGAUGGACCCUAUAAGGCAAUGAUUCUUCCCGCUUCAAAGGAGGAAGGGAUUUUGAUUAAGAAGCGUUAUGCUGUUUUUAAUGAUGAUGGAACUCUUGCAGAGUUAAAAGGCUUUGAGAUCAAGCGCAGAGGUGAGCUAAAGCUCAUCAAAGUUUUCCAGGCUGAACUUUUUGAUAAAUUCCUACAUGGGUCAAGCCUUGAGGAGUGCUAUUCAGCAGUUGCUUCUGUUGCCAACCGGUGGCUUGAUCUUCUUGAUAAUCAAGGAAAAGACAUUGCAGACAGUGAGUUGCUUGAUUACAUAUCAGAAUCAAGCACAAUGAGCAAGUCCUUAGCAGACUACGGUGUACAAAAGUCAUGUGCAGUAACCACUGCAAAACGCCUUGCUGACUUUCUUGGUGAUACAAUGGUUAAAGACAAAGGACUGCUUUGUCAGUAUAUAGUUGCAUGUGAACCAAGGGGAACCCCAGUCAGUGAGCGUGCUGUUCCUGUUGCCAUAUUUGAAACUGAUGCUGAAAUUAUGAAGUUUUAUGUAAAAAAGUGGUGCAAGAUUUCAUCAGAUGUUGGCAUCCGCUCCAUUGUUGAUUGGUCUUAUUACAAGCAACGGCUUAGUUCUGCUGUUCAAAAAAUUAUCACCAUUCCUGCUGCAAUGCAGAAGGUUGCAAAUCCGGUUCCUAGAGUAGUUCAUCCUGAUUGGUUGCAUAAGAAGGUUCAUGAAAAGGAGGACAAAUUGCGCCAACGGAAACUGGUCGAUAUAUUCAGUUCGUCAAACAAGGAAGGUCGAAUGCAGCUGAGAACUGAUGCUAAUGCCCCUAACCAUGCAACUGCUGAACAGAGUAUUGAAGAUAUGGAAGACUUCAGGAAAAAAGGAAGGACUUCUGUUGUUGGACCUAGACCUAUCGUUCGGUGUUAUGGAGUCAAUAAUGAACAGCAUCUGGUGAAGACAAAUUGUCUACUAAAUCCUCUCCAAGAAAAUGCUAUCCCUAAGGAAAACAUAGACAGAAAUGUUGAUUAUCAAGGAUGGCUUGAAUUAAAGAAGAGAAAGUGGAAAGAGAUUCAUGAGAAAAGGAAACGACAAAGGUUGGACAAAUUAAAGGCAUUAAACCAAUCUAAUGCUAUUGCUGAGGUGCGUGGUAGUGUGGUCAAUCACAAACAAGCUCGGGGAAGAAAUGGGGUCAACUCUUAUUUUGAGAAGCAUGAGCUUGCCCUUACGGGCAGCCACUGGCAGAUAAUUCAGCUUGUACCAAGUUCAAAGCAUGGGCAAUUUUUUGCCUGGGUGGUUGUUGAAGGAACUAUGCAUAAGGUUACUUUAAGUGUUCCCCGAGUAUUCUACCUCAACUCAAAAGCUCCUGUCACAGAAGAAUUUCCUGGAAGGCGAGUGAACAAGAUUCUUCCUCUUGGACGCUGUAGCUAUAACCUAAUUGAGGUCAUUAUUGAUGAAGAUCAGUUUAGGGCAGAAAGCAAGAAAUUGGCAGCUCACCUUGCAGAUCCUGAAGUUGAGGGAAUAUAUGAAACAAAGGUGCCAUUGGAGUUCAAUGCUCUCCUCCAGAUGGGUUGUGUCUGUAAAGUGGAUAAAAGAGCUAAGAAGCGAAAUAUUAAAGAUGGCUGGAGUCUAAGCGAAUUGCAUAUGAAGACAACAACAGAAUGCUCUUAUCUGGAGCACUCGAUCUCUUUCUUCUACUUGUAUCACAGAUUCAACAUGGGAAGAUUCUUGAGGCUUUGGGCCCAGAUGGACAAGACGAGGAGAGGUAAAGUCAAGUGGUGGAAGCCUCGUGCACUGACAUGUAUUUUCUUGAAGCAGAGUCUAACUGAUGUAGUGGAAGUGUGGGGUAGUAAGUAUUCUACUUCUAGCAUUGAUCCCUUGAUUGAGGACUACACUGUUGAGGGUUGUGGGCAUACUGAAUUUGAAUGGGUUGAAAUUGGUGUUUGGUUGAAGGACGUUUUGGAAAUCCCUCUUGGAGGUGUAGACAUUCGUUGCUAA